UAAACAACAUAGAGCUAACAAUCGGAAUUCUUUUUAAACAAUUUUAUUUUUUCGUAAAAAUAUAUAAAACUAAGAAAUCCACUUUUAUUUCAAUGGCCGACGAUGAUGAGGUUCAGUUUGAUGCCGUCGAUUCGGGUGCAUCGAAAACCUUUCCGAUGCAAUGCUCGGCCUUGCGCAAGAAUGGCUUUGUAAUGCUCAAGGGACGUCCCUGUAAGAUCGUCGACAUGUCCACAUCGAAGACCGGCAAGCAUGGACAUGCCAAGGUACAUCUGGUUGGCAUUGAUAUAUUCACACAGAAGAAAUACGAGGACAUCUGCCCCUCCACCCACAACAUGGAUGUGCCGCACGUCAAGCGCGAGGACUAUCAGUUGACCGACAUCAGCGAUGAUGGCUUUGUCACCCUCAUGUCUGACAACGGCGAAAUACGCGAGGAUCUCAAGGUGCCCGAGGGCGACCUGGGCGGUUGUCUGCGCACCGAAUUCGGCGAGGGCAAGGAUUUGUUGUGCACCGUUCUGGCUGCCUGCGGCGAGGAGUGUGUCAUCGCCACGAAGGUCAAUUCGGGUCUGGACAAGUGAUUGCGAGAGUGUAAAGGCGGGAACAGAACUUGGUCUGAUUAAUAUAAUAAUCCAUAAAGCUGAAUUGAAUUAAAAAGC